AGCUUAUAGCCCCCAAGCCGGUGCAGAAGCAGCCGGUGGUUGCAUGGGGUAGCGCCGGGAGCGGCGGCGAGGAGGGGGCCAAAAUACCAGCUCUGAGCGGCGAGGGUUGGUCAAACAGCCAGAAGAAUCCCCCUGGACGUUGAUGAGAAAUUGGGGACGCCCCAAGGACUCUGGACUGGUGGAGAGGUAAGAGAUGGCUAACCCCAUCCCGUCAGCCUGCUGUGUGGUGCUCGCCGCGGUGGUGGUGGUGUACGCCCAGAGACACAGCCAGCUUGACAGCCACAUCCAGUAUGAGCGGGUAGGUGCAGAUGUGACCAUGAAGUGUGGCUCCAUGGACUGGGAUGCCGCGGUGACCUGGACGGCCAAUGGCACCGACAUCGAUGAGUCCCACCUGAACGGGUCCUACCUGAUCCUGAAGAAUGUCGACCUGACACAGAGUGGCCAGUACUCCUGCUAUGAGGGCUCCUCCUGGCACCUCAAAUACCAGACCUACCUGAGGGUGGGAACCCCUCCAAAGGAGCCAGUGUUGAUGUGCCGGUCCAACAACUACCCCAAGGGUUUCUACUGCAGCUGGCACUUGCCUACUCCCACCUACAUCCCCAACUCCUUCAACAUCUCUGUCAUACACGGCACAAGAGAGAUGGUCUGUGAGAAGGAUGCCUUUCCCAAAAACAGGUGUCACAUCAGAUACCUCCAGCUCUUCUCGACGGUGAAGUACAAGGUGACUCUGACAGUCACGAAUGCUCUGGGCAAAAACUCGACCACUCUCACCUUUGACGAGGUCGCCAUAGUAAAGCCAGACCCUCCAGAAAGUGUGGUCGCCAAACCCGUGCCCAAUAACCCUCGGCGGCUGGAAGUGUCAUGGCAAAACCCCUCAUCCUGGCCUGACCCCGAGUCUUUCCCACUCAAGUUCUUCCUGCGGUAUCGGCCCCUGAUCCUGGACCAGUGGCAACACGUUGAGCUGUCAGAUGGGACAUCACACACCAUAACAGAUGCCUAUGCCGGCAAGGAGUACAUCAUCCAGGUGGCAGCCAAAGACAACGACAUCGGCACAUGGAGCGACUGGAGCGUGGCUGUCCAUGCCACCCCGUGGACAGAGGAACCCAAGCAUCUCACCACAGAGGCCCAAGUCACAGAGACAACGAGCGCUAGCACCUCCUCUUUCAUGCCGCCCCCCACCACCAAGAUCUGCGACAAGGGGGCCGUGGUGGGCAGCGGGGCCGUGGCAGUGUGUUGGACAGCUGGACUGGUCUUGGCUGCCUAUGGUGUCCUCUUUAUUUAAUCCCUGUCUGUUCGUCCGUCGCAGCCCAGCGCAGACGCCCUCCCACCGCCCACCACCACCACCACCCCUUGCCCUGCCACCCCCCUCCCAGGUUGAGUCUCUUAUCUCUUCGAUUUUGCACACGUUGAGGACGUAUCACGCUUCUCACCAUCGCUUCGGAGGAGGACAGAGCCGCCACCGUCCCCUGGGGAGCCGUGAAAUCCUCUCCCAGCCCGGAGCGAGGAGAUGCACUUGUCCCCCCCCAUCCCUGUCCUCCUUUCCCCAGCAAGGUGAAGCGAGCCCGGGCACCAUGCCGCAGCUGAGGACCCCACUCAUACAGCUAACCCCCCCCACGCCAAAGACGUGCCCGCCUCCCUGCCACCCACCCAGGUGACAGGGAGUGUGACGGUGCACCGAGAAAAGGGGAUAUGAAAAUGGGGGGGGUGGUGAGGGGAAUGAUGCUCCCAGCUGUGUACCCCCUAUGGCAGGAGGGGGUCCCCAAGGUCCAGACUCGCUCCCCCGUGCUCUUGACCGCAUGGCGAAGCUGGAGAGGUGUAUGGGUGGGGGGUCUUGGUGCCCUCUGAGGGGAUGAUGGAAGGAAGAACUGGUGGCUUUCACAAGCAUGGGGAGCAGGGAGCUGGCAGGGUUUUAACAGAAAAAAAAAGGAAGUUAAACCAAUGAAACCCCACCGCCUCUUGCCAAGCGCCUGGAAGAGCUGCCCCUCCGGCUUCCUCCCCUCUCCACAGCACCCUGCAGGAGCCUUUGCCACACCCAACCCCAUCCCCACAUCACCCCCAAACUUUUAACCACGUUGGAUACAGGGAAUUGCCCCGUUGACGUUUGUCUCAUUCUCCAACAAAAGCAGAAUAGCUCUGCUGUUGCCUUUAGAGCUGGAGCCCUGCAGACCUGUCUCCUGCUGUCCCCUGCUGUCCCCCGCUGUUCCUGUGCCUGCUCUGCUCUCCUCCCCAUCCUGCCCCAAGCCCUGUUUUGUAAAGACACCUCCUCUUGCCCCUGCCUGGACCCAAGCGCAGUAUUUAAUACCGUACGUCCUAGUAUUCCCACUGUUGACAUGCUGUAUUUGAAUUUUUUAUAGAUGUAUAUAUAUAAAAAAAAAAGAAUCAAAAAAAAAAAACUAAUAGAGGGGAUAAAAAAAAGCUCACACAGAGACAACGCACACACACAUGCACCAGAAGAGACGGUCUUCAUUAAAUGAUCAUUUCAUGAU